UGCAAAAUGGCCCUCCGGGACAGUGAGGGGCCGUGGCACUCGGCCCGGGCCCGCCGCACCCCCAGGCCGCAGCCUGCGGGCUGCAGCUCCGCUCUGGAUCCGGGUGCAGCCCCCUCCCGCCCCUCCGCGGGGGCCCCUGCCUGAGCCCCGUGCGCCCCGCGCCCUAGCGUCCACAUGGGUCUGUGCUACAGUCUGCGGCCGCUGCUCUUCGGGGACCCGGAGGACGUCCCCCACGCCGCCUCCGAAGUGUCUGCAGAGGAGGCGCGCCCCUGCCCGGCCCCACCCCCGACCCCGGCCCCGGCCCCGGCCCCGGCCGCGGUGGGGGGAUGCGCGGCCCAGACCCCGCUCCCUCGGGGCGCCGGCGGGAGUCCGGCGUGUGCGCGGCCCAAAGCCUCCGCGAAGAAGGAGCGGCGACGGCGGCCGGAGCAGCUGCGCGCGGAGGAGCGCGAGGCGGAGCGGGAGGCGAGGAAGGUCAGCAGGAACAUCGACCGCAUGCUCCGCGAGCAGAAGCGCGACCUGCAGCAGACGCACCGGCUCCUGCUGCUGGGGGCUGGUGAGUCUGGGAAGAGCACUAUCGUCAAACAGAUGAGGAUCCUGCACGUCAAUGGAUUUAAUCCUGAGGAAAAGAAACAGAAAAUUCUGGACAUCCGGAAAAAUGUUAAAGAUGCUAUUGUGACAAUUGUUUCUGCUAUGAGUACUAUAAUACCCCCAGUUCCACUGGCCAACCCAGAAAACCAGUUUCGAUCAGACUAUAUCAAGAGUAUAGCUCCAAUCACCGACUUUGAAUAUUCCCAGGAAUUCUUUGAUCACGUGAAGAAGCUUUGGGACGAUGAAGGUGUGAAGGCGUGCUUCGAGAGGUCCAACGAAUACCAGCUGAUUGACUGCGCACAAUACUUCCUGGAAAGAAUCGACAGCGUCAGUCUGGUGGACUACACACCCACAGACCAGGACCUUCUCAGAUGCAGAGUUCUGACAUCAGGGAUUUUUGAGACCCGAUUCCAAGUGGACAAAGUAAACUUUCACAUGUUUGAUGUCGGCGGCCAGAGGGACGAGAGAAGAAAAUGGAUCCAGUGCUUUAACGACGUCACGGCUAUCAUUUAUGUCGCGGCCUGCAGCAGCUACAACAUGGUGAUUCGGGAGGAUAACAACACCAACAGGCUCAGAGAGUCCCUGGACCUUUUCGAAAGCAUCUGGAACAACAGGUGGUUACGGACCAUUUCUAUCAUCUUGUUCUUGAACAAACAGGAUAUGCUGGCAGAAAAAGUCUUGGCAGGGAAGUCAAAAAUCGAAGAUUAUUUCCCAGAGUACGCAAAUUAUACUGUUCCCGAAGAUGCAACACCAGAUGCAGGAGAAGAUCCCAAGGUUACACGAGCCAAGUUCUUUAUCCGAGACCUGUUUUUGAGGAUCAGCACAGCGACAGGGGACGGCAAACAUUACUGUUACCCACACUUCACCUGUGCCGUGGACACCGAGAACAUUCGCAGGGUGUUCAAUGACUGCCGCGACAUCAUCCAGAGGAUGCACCUCAAACAGUACGAACUCUUGUGAGGCAGCCCUGGGGCAGGUGGGCAUGCCUUCUGGCACCUUCUCUCCGCCUGCCUCUCCUCCCUUGGCCACCCUACCAGGUGGAGCAUUUAUUCCAGGAUUAUCUGUCAGCCCCAAGCCAUGGUAGAAAGUAGGGAGUUCCCGGCUUCAUCUGGCUGCCGCCCUGUCCUGUUCUGUGUUGGCUCCUGUGUGACCACCAAGCCUCUGGCUACCUCUGUUCCCCCUCAGGUUUGGUUUGUAGCUUUUGUCUUCACUGGACACAACCUUCCACGGCCUCCCCACCCCCACCAACUUGUGUCACUGCAGAACACUCUCACUUGGGUGACACUGCAGUGAAACCCCUCUGGGUGAGGCUCCCUUUUAGACAUCCAUUCAGUGAUGGGGGAGAAAUGGCACUUUUUUCCUGAAUUAUCCAGAAUGAUCACAGUGGCAGGGGUACAAUGCGGUGAGCCACAUGCUUUGUGAUCCCAGCUUUAUGAAGCUGCAGGUGGGCAAGUGGCCGCCUCUUCUGAGCUUCACUGGCCCAAGGGCGAAGCUAGACCUCAAGUCACAGGGUGGAGAGAAACCCCUUUUCAGUCAGAUUUGAGUUGCUGCCAACCUCAGGCAUUAGGUUAGACCUACUCUGUGCAGAAAACCUAGCACAUUCACCACUGCAAAGUGUGUCCUGUCUACACACGAUUCUCUACAGUUUGAUAUGCUUGGACAAGAGUCUCCCCUCAUAUAUUCUUGUUGUUGUUUUAUUGCUGGUUUAUUAUAACUGUACAGACCACAAAAUGUACUAUUAUUUUAUAUAAUUACUUAAACACCCUUGUAGAUUUUUGUGCCUUGAUGAUGCUCUAUGUGUAAAAGAAAUGUGUUUUUAUCGUGCCGAACAGCUAAAUGUCAACAUUACCUGCUGCUUGCUCUACAAAAGAAAGUGGUAUGUGUAGAAUUUAGGAUAUUCUUCAGGUUAGUGCUUUUAAAAAUAUCCUUGAUUAAAUAUAUAUAUACACACAUAUAUGUAUAAAUUACCCACAUUAAUCAUUCACAUCUUACAAAUAAUAUUGUACCAACGUCACAAGUUUUUCAGGAAUCAAGGAUUUUUUUUCUCCAGACAAUAUGUCUUUUGAUUAUUUUCCUAUUUGAAGACUUUCUACAAGUUCCCUGAGUGGAAAUAGUUCAACCAUUCCCUCUAAAGUUUUCGAACCACUUCCUUGGGCCACAGCUCACAGCUUCCUGGGUAAACAAAGAGCAGGAAGAUGACAAAGGGGUGUCAAUGUUUGUGUCUAGCCUAAGAGAGUCCAAGGAUGGCAUCUCCGUUUGCCUGCUCUUGAGAAGAAACAGUACACAACCUUUAGGUGGAAUACAAAGUCAAAAUACAUGGCUAUUUCUCAUACUUGAAAGGUUUGUAAACAUGGCCUCCAAAGUUACAGUACAAUAGCUAGAAGGCAAAAAUCACUGUAGCGGUGAUGCUUCAUAUUCUAUCCACAGCCACAGCUUUGAGGGUAGUCAUCUUGGGCAUGAGAAAAUCCGCAAAGAUGUCCAAAUAUUUCAACGAUACAAAUCCAGAGGGAACAGCCUUGCUGACAUGACUUCAUUUCCUUUAGUCUUUAGUAUUUUAAAGUUUACUCCAUAAGUAAGCAUUUUGUAAUCGUUUAUAAAUGCAUCUAGACUUAAAUACUACUUUUCCAUGAAAGAAAGGGUAACCUUGUCGACCAUUAGUAGAAGAAGCACAUCAUUUAUGUCAGCAUCCCUAAAUUCCUGUACCUCUCUUCCCUGUUUCGUAAAACCCUGAUCUGAAAUGAGAUGCAUGAAGUGGAAACUAUUGUGUUUCCAUUGCACUUUCCAUGUAAAAUGUGAACUGAAGAGCCACACCCCCCAUAGGCACAAAAAGCAAAGCUGCAUAUUGUUAUAUACAUGAUCUCUCGACAGUAACUCAACUCCCUCUUCAAACACAUAGCCAAACUUAGAGAGAAGAACACAUUU